AUGGCUGACAAUUCUCAAAAAGCGAGCUUCCAUGCUGGUGAAGCCAAGGGCCAAGCUCAGGCUAAGGCAGAUCAAUUGAUGGACAAAGCAAGCAAUGCCUAUGAAUCAGCCAAGGAGUCAUGCCAAGAGGCUGGUCAGCAAAUGCAGGCCAAGGCACAAGGGGCGGCUGAUGCUGUCAAGGAUGCCACCGGGAUGAACAAGUGA